AAAGAGACAUUAAGGGGCUGGUCUCCUGGACCUCAAUUUGCCCCCCUUCCCAAUUUGCGGAGAGUGCAGAUGGAUCCGUCCUUCUGUGCAAAUCCUUUUGGCCUUCCCUGAGGGAUGGGGAGGCUGGGCUGCCCUCAUGAGCUGGCUUUGCCAGCUUCAUGUUAGCGGGCAGGGAUAUGGCAUGGCAGGCACCUCACAGGAGACCCUGAUGACAACUUGAUAGAAGGUGGUGGGACAAAGUUUGUCUGCAAACCAGGAGCCCGGAAUAUCACGAUCAUCUUCCAUCCACUUCUGAGGUUUAUUCAAGAAAUUGAACAUGCUUUGGGACUAAGUCCCACUAAGCAGUGCCCACUCCGGGAAUUCCUCACCAUGUACAUUAAGAACAUCUUUCUUAACCAAGUACUGGGAGAAAUUAAUAAGGAGAUUGAAGGAGUCACCAAGAUUACCGACCCCCUGAAGGUUCUUGCCAAUGCAGAUACCAUGAAGAUGCUGGGAGUGCAAAGGCCUCUCUUGCAGAGCACAGUAAUUGUGGAAAAAACAGUCCAGGACCUCAUGAAUUUGAUGCACGACUUAAGCGCCUACUCGGACCAGUUCCUGAACAUGGUGUGUGUUAAACUCCAGGAAUACAAGGACACCUGCAAUGCAGCUUACAGGAGCAUUGUCCAGUCAGAUGAGAAGAUGGUAAUAAGCGCAUCUUGGGCAAAAGAUGAUGAUAUCACUAGACUCCUGAAGUCUCUUCCAAACUGGAGCAACAUGGCCCAGCCCAAACAGUUGAGAUCAAAAAGGGAGGAAGAGGAAGACUUUAUAAGGACUGCCUUUGGCAAGGAGUCUGAAGUUCUCAUUGGGAACCUGGGAGAUAAGCUGAUUCCCCAGCAAGAGAUUCUCCGGGAUGUCAGCGACCUAAAGGCAUUGGCCAACAUGCAUGAGAGUUUGGAAUGGCUCUCAGGCCGGGUGAAGGCUGCUUUUUCCAAUCUUCCAUUUGCACAGACUUCUCCUGCCCAAGAUGCUCAUGGCAAAACCGAUCUCCCGCCGGUGUUGGAACAGAUCUUACAAACCCUCACGGAUUUGGCUCGAUCUUUCCAGGAGAUGGCAGACUCCUGUUUGCUGGUCCUACACUUGGAAGUCAGGGUCCACUGCUUCCACUAUCUGAUUCCUUUGGCUAAGCAAGGAAACUAUGCCAUCGUGGCCAACGUAGAAAGCAUGGAUUAUGACCCCCUGGUGGUGCGACUCAAUAAGGACAUCAGUGCCGUGGAAGAAGCCAUGAAUGCCAGCCUGCAGCAGCACAAGUUCCAGUACAUAUUUGAAGGUUUGGGGCACUUGAUUUCCUGCAUUCUCAUCAACGGGGCUCAGUACUUCACCCGCAUCAGUGAAUCCGGGAUUAAGAAGAUGUGCAGGAACAUCUUUAUCCUUCAGCAGAACCUGACCAACAUCACGAUGUCACGGGAGGCUGACCUGGAUUUUGCAAGGCAGUAUUACGAGAUGCUGUACAACACAGCAGACGAGGUGCUGAACCUGGUGGUGGACCAAGGAGUGAAGUACACGGAGCUGGAGUAUAUCUAUGCCCUGCGUUUGCUCCACCGCAGCCAGACCGGUGUGGGAGACCAGACCACGCAAAACAUGAGGCUGCAGCGCCUCAAGGAGAUCAUCUGUGAGCAGGCCGCCAUCAAGCAAGCCACCAAGGACAAGAAGAUCACCACCGUGUAGUUCCGGCUGCUGGAAACCAGAAGGAGCCGCGCUUCUCUGCAGCCCGUAGGAGCAGAGAGGGGAAAUGUCUCUGCGGGUCAUGUCUGGGUAUUCUGUCCUUUUCAGUUAGCUUCUCUGCUGGUGUGGGGCGGGCAGGGGGAAUCGGAGACCUUUUUUGUGGCACGCUGGGAUUGUUCUGUCUGUGGCAUAAGAACUGGGACUGAGUGCAGUUAAUGGGGAGUUGCUUCUCUGUGAGUUCCAAUGGGUGGAUAAGGGUGGGGAAGAGGAAAAGGAGGAAUGUCAGUCGCCUGUUUGAUGCAGAGGGACCUGAACUGGAGAAAAGCUGAGGACCAGUUUCUAGCCAAGGUUCAGCUCUGUAAAAACAAGAGGAAUUGACAUUGCUCCCGUUCCUGGCUGGCCUAAUGCUAUUCUGAGAUGCAGCUACACUGAUGUUAAGGAAUUCCUUUUCCCAGAGAAACAUUUGGGAUCAUUGUUUAGCAAAAAUGAUGCAUUUGGCCAAGUUAUGAAUGUGAGUUCCUUCCAGAAUAAGAUCAUUCUCGAUGAAUGGUCAUCAAUUUUCAGUAUUUGUCACAAUUAUCUUCAUGCAGGUAUGUGCUGCAAUUAGCUACCUGGUGGUGUUGGGCUUUUUUUGUUCCAGAGUGUGGGUCCUUAUGCAUAACUUUAGCAGUUAGAACUUAGUAGCAUUUUUUUUUUUUUUGGAUUACACCAAUUGAAGAUGCUGGGUUUGCUUGCACAGUGCAUGUCAUCACAUUAGCUUGGCUUCAGGACCCCGCCUUGCAGAAAGGACUGGCAAUGGGACCAGUGGAAGUUGAGAUAUUUGCCUGGCAGAUGCCAAGUCAUCACUACAAGGCUAUCAAAAACCGAAAUGUGGCCGAUGACAUUUGAAGGAAUGUAGAUGGAUUUCAAGGAGGGUUUCCCAGGCAUUCACGUUGCAGAAUCCCAUCACAGCUAGUUCAGAUCUGAUAACACCCCCUUCUGCCUACUGCGAAAAAAACUUGGAUCGGUCAAGACCCUGACAACUUUGAGAACUCAGUGGGCUAUUCUUGCUUUAUUAGAAACAUUUUUGGUGGUGGUGGGGGGGGCAGCAACAUUUUACUGUAGGAAAGUCUGUAUGUUAUUGUCUGCCUAAUGCCUCCAUCUAGAACACAAAGCAAAAUCACUUCCUCUGAUCUGAUCUGGUCCCGUGUUUUCCAUACCCUGUUUUCCUCUUGGUUCAGCUGGAAAAUUAAAAGAUCAUUUUGGAACUCUUAA